AUGACUCGGCCGAUGCUCCUCGUCCUCCGGCACCGUGCCGCCGCCGCCGCCGCGUCGAAGACGACGCUCCUGCUCCUGUUCCUGAUCGCGUCAUCCUUGUCGUUUACCGCGGUCCGUGCCGAAUGCCCGGCCAAGUGUAUGUGCUUCAAGACCACCGUGCGAUGCAUGUUCCAGCAGUUCGACCGCAUACCCGGUGCCAUAUCCGAGGAUACCACUAUACUUGAUUUAAGAUUCAAUAAAAUUAAGGAAAUCAGGCCGAAAUCAUUAGCUCAUCUUACUAAAUUGAACACUUUGUUGUUAAACAAUAAUCAUUUAAGUAAUUUGCACAAUGGUGCAUUUGAAAACCUUUCGAAUCUUCAAUAUUUGUUUUUACAUAAAAAUAAAAUCGAAAAUAUGGAAAGUAGAGUUUUUACAAAUUUGUCUCAUUUGGAACAAUUGUAUUUACAUUCUAACAAAAUUCAAAAGCUUGAUUUGGAAAUGUUCCAAGGACUUACAAAACUCGAAAGACUGUUUUUACAUAACAACAAGAUACGAAAAAUAUCACCAGGUACAUUUGAUUCGUUAAAGUCACUUACGCGUUUACGACUCGAUGGUAACCUGUUAACAUGCGAUUGCGAUAUAUUGUGGUUGAUAAACGUGUUGAAAAAAAAUCACGUUUCGGCAGAAGAUAGUCAGUUUGCGGCAACGUGUCACUUUCCCGUGGAAAUGAAUGGAAAAUCGUUAAUGGAAAUGACUGAGACAGAUUUGCAUUGCAAUGAAUUACGGUUUAAAGAAGAGCCAAAUGACGUGUCAGUGACGUUCGGAGAUUCGGCAUUUUUCAGGUGCAAGGUAGAAGGUAAUCAAAAUGUGAAAACCAUUUGGACUCGUGAUAACAAUGAGAUUGAUAUGAACGAUUCGAGGUACUCGAUGACCGACGAUGGACUUAUGAUCAGAUCUACUUCGUUGAAAGACGUCGGCACGUAUGAAUGUAUGGUAAUAAAAGAGAACGUCGAGUUGAAGUCACGACCUGCUAAGAUAAUUUUAGAGCCAAGCGUAUCUAAUUUACCUCCAGAAAUAGUUAUGGGGCCUAAACAAAAAACGAUUUUAGUUGGCGAAGAGUUGAUCCUUCCAUGCGAUGCAAUAGGAACUCCAACACCGUCGAUAGCGUGGACUAAAGACGAUAUUAGUUUAGAACUCAAUCAAAGAAUUUGGGUCUUACCAAACAAUUCAUUAUUUAUAUCAAAAGUAGAAAGAAUGGACAUAGGUCAUUAUAAAUGCGUGGCGUCUAAUUAUCUGGGCCAAGUAUCGUCAGAAGCACUGAUUAAUGUAAAUGCACCUCCGGUUAUUAUAAGCGCUUCCCGUGAUUUAACUGUGAAAACUGGAGCAACUAUUGAGCUCCAAUGUAUAGUCGAAGGUCAUCCGAUACCUGUGGUUACUUGGUUUAAAGAUGGCCGUUCAAUCACACCAGGUCCUAGGAUAUCAUUCCAUAAUGAAAGGACGACGUUGCGUUUGGAUCACGUAAAAGAUGGUGAUAACGGUAUGUUCACGUGUUUGGCACAGAAUCUGGCCGGGACAGCAGAGAGAAAUACCGAAAUUAAGGUCAGGGGAUAUGGCCCGAGACGUCCAAAGCUUCUGAUAAGGCCGUUUGACAUGGAAGCUCCCCAAGGAACAAGUAUAGAAGUGCCUUGUAAAGCUGAUGGAGAUCCUACGCCAAACAUAACUUGGACGAAAGAUGGCGUUAAUCUUGUGACGGAUCAUAAUCAUAGAGUUAACGUUAUUGGAAGUUUACGAAUGUUUAAUAUAUCUUUUGCUGAUUCGGGUGUUUAUGAGUGUACGGCAAAAAAUACCCAUGGCCAAGCAUCAGCUAGAGGCACCAUCGCUGUUCUUGGCGACUUAAUGGAUCAAUCCCCAGGUGAUCGUUUCGUUAACCUGGCUUUCAAGGAGGCUAAUUUAGAAAUCGACAGAGCAGUAAACGCUACAAUCGAUUCGUUAUUUGGCUCUAGUGACAAAAUCAUGAAUCCGGAAAAGUUAAUGAGAAUGUCUAGAUUUCCAGAUGUGGUCGCCAGGGAUUUGGCGAAAUCAGCUGAUAUCUUUGAACGGACUUUAUCAAACGUACGAAAACACGUACAAGCUGGACUAAAAGUGAACUUAACUGAAAAUUUUUCUUAUAGAGACUUGUUAUCAUCGGAACAAUUGGAUUUACUCGCCAAUGCAUCUGGAUGUUUAAAAUAUCAGACGAAACCCAAUUGUAGUGAUAUGUGUUUCCAUACAAAGUAUCGAACCAUAGAUGGCACUUGUAAUAAUUUACAGAACCCUUUAUGGGGAUCAUCGCAUACACAAUUUAGGCGAAUUUUAAAACCAAUAUAUGAAAAUGGAUUUAAUACUCCAAUCGGUUGGACUAAAGGCAUGAAGUAUUUUGGUUUUGAAAAACCUGGUGCUAGAUUAGUUUCGACAUCAAUUAUUCGAUCAAAUGACAUUACAUCCGAUGAAGAAAUCACACAUAUGGUAAUGCAAUGGGGACAAUUCUUAGAUCACGACUUGGACCACGCUAUUCCGUCUACUACCAAAGAGAGUUGGGAAGGUCUGGACUGCAAGAAAACGUGUGCCUAUUCUUUUCCUUGUUUUCCAAUGGACGUACCACCAAAUGAUGACCGUAUAAAACGUCGGAAGUGCAUGGACUUCAUUCGGAGUAGCGCUAUAUGUGGCACAGAUACAACAUCAGUGUUUUUUGAUAAGUUACAGUCUAGAGAACAAAUCAAUCAACUGACAGCUUACAUCGACGGUUCACAAAUAUAUGGAUUUACAAACGAUCGUUCGUUUAUAUUACGUGAAGUUCAAACAGGAUUCGGUUUGAUGCGAGGUGGUAUAUCGUCAGAUUUUGGUAAAGAAAUGCUACCGAUCGCCGGAGCUGACGAAGUGGAUUGUCGAAGAGAUCUGACGGAAAGUGACACGGGUUGUUAUUUGGCCGGUGAUAUCCGAGCAAAUGAACAAGUAGGCUUGUUGGCCAUGCACACAAUUUGGAUUAGAGAGCACAACCGUAUAGCUAGAGAGUUGCGGAAAAUAAAUCCACAUUGGGAAGGAGACGUUUUAUUCCACGAGACGAGGAAAAUCGUAGGCGCCGAGUUACAGCAUAUAACCUAUAAACAUUGGUUACCUUAUGUGCUCGGACCUAAAGGCAUGGACAUGUUGGGUCAGUAUCAAGGGUACGACCCAACUGUAAAUCCCUCAAUAGCCAAUGUGUUCGCAACAGCUGCUUUAAGAUUUGGUCAUUCAAUUAUCAACCCGGUUUUGGCCCGACUUGAUGCCAAUUUUACCACUAUUCCUCAGGGAGAUUUGUCCCUCGGAAAAGCGUUUUUCACCCCAUGGCGUUUAUCUGACGAAGGAGGUACAGAUCCUUUGAUGCGUGGAUUUUUCGCUGUACCGGCGAAAAAGAAAAUGCCUCAGCAAAAUCUAAAUGAUCAGUUAACGGAUCAUUUGUUCUCAUCGGCUCAUGCUGUGUCAUUAGAUUUGGCUGCUAUGAAUAUCCAACGGGGCAGAGAUCACGGUAUUCCUGGUUACACGGAAUGGAGGACUGUGUGUAACAUGUCUAAAGUUGAAACAUUCGAUGAUUUAAAAAAUGAAAUCAGUGACGACGAAGUUAGAAAGAAACUUGAAAUUUUAUAUGGUCACCCAGGAAAUAUUGAUGUAUGGGUGGGUGGAAUUCUUGAAGAUCAAGUGCCUGGAGGUAAAGUUGGUCCGUUAUUCCAAUGUUUACUGAUUGAACAAUUCAAAAACUUGAGAAGCGGUGACAGAUUUUGGUAUGAAAGUCCGUCAACUUUCAGUCCAGCAAAACUCACACAAAUCAAACAAACGUCUCUCGCUAGGGUUCUUUGUGAUAAUGGGGACAACAUUACGCUGAUAUCUAAAGACGUAUUCAAACUACCAGAGUUGCAAUCGCCAAAAUUAUUACCGUGUAAAUCUAUUCCGAGUAUUGAUCUGAGAUUGUGGUUCGAAUGCAACGGAGAUUGUCCGGGUGAAAACGCGUCUAAAGAAAUGAAGGAGCUGAGGUCAAAAGAAACAUUGGCCAAAGUAAUGAAUAUGACUGAAGGGAAACUAGAAGGUUUAAAAUCGGUGGUAGAUGAAUUGAAGUUGGACAUUAAGAGGUUAAAACGUGAACUCAGACACCUGACAAAAGUCAACAUCAAUGGUUGUUAUGACGAAACGGUUAAAAGGAGACGCAGAGAAGGACGUACUUGGGUUGCUAAAAAGUGCACUAAAUGUGAAUGCCGAAAUUCUCAAAUAUUGUGCAAAAUUUGGUGCUAAAUUGAACUAUCAAAGACAAUGGUACUGAUGAGCUUCAUCUAUGGAUAGAAUAAUUAAAUCCAACCAAAUCAUAGUACAAUAUGCAUGUUACUAUGAAUUAUAAAAACCAAUUUAUUCGAUGUUCUUCCAUCAAUAAUCAAGUGUAUAUGUAUGGUAAUUUUAAUUUUUGUUAUUUGGAAAAUAUAAUUGAAAAACGAUUUGAUAAAAUUAUUUA